AUGGAUGUGGACAUAAGAGAUUUUGGUCUGCUCUCGGCUCACACGCAAAAUCAGAACCAUCCAAUCAUCUCCCGUCACAAAAUACAAACCACCGCCACCACACCAAAUCCAAUUCCCCAAACCCCUCUCACGCCCCCAAUCGCACCGGACGAAUCUCCCGCCGCAUCACCUCCGGCGACCGGGCUCUCAGCCGCCGCCGAUUUCUUCGCCGCCGCCGACGCCACGGCGGACGCGGGCGCAGGAGCCCCGAACAAGCUAAGUGGGAGCAGGACCUUGUCCACCUGGUACACCCACCAGUUGGCCGUCGGUGUAGACGGUGUUGCCGACGGACCCAUCGUCGACGCCGGUGGAGACAUUGACCUGAUUGCCGGAGGUUGUGACGUUGAUCUGAAACCCGCUGUCCCCUGCCUGGGUCCGGAUGGGGUUGCUCACCGUCUGGAAUUGGGGCAGCGAGAGGAAAUUGGGGAUGACGUGGAAUUGGAUGAGGGAGACCUUCUGCUGAUUGAAUUGAGGGUGCCUGAAGGGAGGGCCGAGAAGGCCGCGUCCGUCAGGGCAAAUAAUGUAAUCCCCUGCCCGACGGUCGUGUUGUUGAGCUGGGCGUCGAUCUGGGGCCCCACUUGGGUCGUCCUCAGAAGUGGGAUUAGGAUCUUCAUCACGUUAGUGGGCCCAGCGGGUGCUGGGCCUGGGGUUUGGGCCACCGCGCAGGUCCAGAAGAGUAGUUCAACUCAAAAUCAGCAAGAAAAGUUACAGUGGAUUUACUAA